UCCGCUAGUCCAAUUUGGCACGACAUCACCGGGCAAUUUGCUAUUGCUGAACCCAUUCAAGGCAGCCGAUUGGAUCUUUUCAGUAGUUUAGAACCAUUUUUUUCCCCUCUUUCGGGGGUUGUAGGGAAAUAAUCCACUUGGCUUGGUCAUUUCUGGACGAGAAACGGCACACCAGUGAUGAGUGCGAGCAGGUUACUCAGAACUGAGGCUCUGUCUUGGCUGUCGGCUGUAGGAAACGUCUCCGGGGGCGAGUCCCGCGGCUUGGUUCUGCAGCCUUUCUGGGACUACCUCCACCAGAACCACCAUGACCUGCUGAGGAGCCCCCUCUUCCCUGUGGUCCUCUCAGUCAGCAUCUACUUCCUCCUGGUUGGCGUUUACACCGUGCUGGACCUGCUGGCUCCCACCUGGCCCUCCAUCAACCGCUACCGGCUGCACCCGGACAAACCCGUCACCUGGCCUAACAUCUGGACCACCCUGGGCGUCACCGUCUACAAUCACCUGUUCUUCAUCUUCCCUGCAGCAGUUGCGCAGUGGCUGUGGAGGCCACCGACUCCCUUGCCCCCGGAGGCUCCUUCCCUCUGGAGCUUCUCUCUUGGCAUCCUGGGCUGCAUGGUCGUCUUUGACUUCCAGUAUUACCUGUGGCAUCUGCUGCACCACAGGGUCCCCUGGCUGUACCGCACCUUCCACGCCAUCCACCACCAGUACAACCAACCCUUCAGCCUGGUCACCCAGUACCUGUCCGGCUGGGAGCUGUUCAGCGUGGGGUUCUGGGCGACCGUCGACCCCAUCUUGCUGAACUGCCACUGCCUCACGACUUGGGGCUUCAUGGUGUUCAAUGUUUACGUGUCCACCGAGGACCACUGUGGCUAUGACUUCCCCUGGGCCAUGCAUAACCUGGUACCGUUUGGUCUCUGGGGCGGGGCGCCCAAGCACGACGCUCAUCACCAGCGACCCGGGACCAACUUCGCCCCAUUCUUCUCCCACUGGGACUGGCUGGGGGGGACCAACACCGUGCCAACUCCCUGCGGCUACUCUGGCUCAGAAGAGCCAGACGAGAUGAGGGAGAAAAGGGACUAAAGAGCCUGAACACAUCUCUCAUUGACUCUGACUCUCAUUUACUCAAAAUGCCUCUUUUGUACCUGCUCACAUUCCAACACUCUUGUUUUUUUUGUUCUUUCUACACUCCUUGCAACUUUCUCCAAUGUUUUUUGUCCUUCCCUCAUCUUCAAAUCUAUUUCACUAACUUUCUCUCCUACUUUUUUCGACUGGCUUUUAACUAGUUUUAUGCUAUGAUGUUGCAUUUAUGCUGUUUUAUCGAUAUCUGUUUUCUAUUUUGUGUUGU